GGAAAUCAUUUUCUCGUAUCUACGGUAUACUUAAUAAAUGUUGAAAACGUAACCAUGCAGAUUUACAUUAUAUAUCCCUAAUAUUUUGUUGAAACGGCUAAAACGAAUAAUAUAAAUGAUAUUACAGCAUUUGUUGCACUUCGAGUCAAAGUCUCGAACUAUUUUAACCUUCCAUUAGUCGUGCAAAUGAGUUCACUAAAACAUAUUACGUUAUGAGUAACGUGUCAUGCGGCACGUGUCGUUGAAUGGCACAAUACUGAAUUACAAGUGCCUCUGGAUGUCCAGCCGUCUUAAACAUGAGAAAGAGUUUCUUAUUUAUUUAAGUUGAUAGAAAUUCGUUAGAAUAUGGAGACUGAAAAGGCAAAUAAUAUCGAGACAUCGGAGAACGAUACACAACAUAUAAACAUAUGUAAUCAAAAAACUUUUUAUAAUUCCAAUAAAAAAUUACUACAAUUAAAUCCAAAUAUAAGUAAACGUCAAUUAAAAAAAGUGAGAAAAAGGGAAAAAUGGUUGGAACGAAAGGAUGAGAAAAGAAUAAAGGAACGAGAGAAAGCAAGGCAAAAGCGAGCAUUUGCGCGUGCGAACAACAUAGACCUUGGACCGUCUAGGAAAGCUUUAAAAAAAAGUACAAUGGCGGAUAGUAGUUGUAAAGUUGGUGUGACUAUUGAUAUGUCUUUCGAUGAUCUAAUGAUCGAUAAGGAUAUUGCGAAAUUAACUAAACAAAUACUAAGAUGUUAUACUUUAAAUAGAAGGGCCAAUGCACCGAUGCAAUUUUCCCUUACUGGUUUCAAUGGAAAAUCAAGAAGUCAUAUGCAGAAGCAUAAUGGGUAUGAACAUUGGGAUGUAAAAUUUCACACCGAAUCGUAUUUAGAUAUUUAUCGAAAAGAAAAAAUCAUAUAUCUAACUAGUGAAUCAGAAGAUGUUAUCGAUCAUCUGGAACAUGAUUGUGUGUAUGUUAUAGGUGGUCUUGUUGAUCAUAAUAGUCAUAAGGGCCACUGUCAUAAAAUAGCUGUAGAGGCUGGAGUAAGGCACGGCCGAUUACCUCUAGACAAAUUCUUACAAAUGAAGGCGAGAAAGGUUUUAACCGUUGAUCAUGUGUUCGAAAUUUUGCUUAGAGUUAGCGAAGGAAGAACAUGGCAAGAUGCAUUUUUGCAGGUACUACCGGAAAGAAAAAAUGCUCAACCUAUUGCAUCGUCAGAAGAAAACAAUGACACAGCAAAUACUUGCGUUACAAGUCAAACUUAAUUAUCUUGGUAUCGUAUUGUAUAUAAUUUUGCGACAGAAAAUUCUUACAUUCGUCAUCUUUAUGUUGUUAUCAUAUUAUACAUAUGUAUUUAACAAUGCAGUAUGUUUUUAAAAUAUGUUUACAAUUGAUUCA